CAUCACGCUCCGGGCCGGUGUGUGCCCUGGGGCCUGUCUGUGGCACAGGGGCUGCCCGGAGCCCCAGGGCCAGCGGGUCCGUGUGCACCGGCACAGGCCGGGCCAGGCCCUCGGCGGUGCCGCUGCGGGGCCCGGGGAUGCUGGGCUGGCCCGGCUCUUCCAGGGACCACGGGGGAUGCAGGGGGGUCUCCCCCUCCGGCGUGGCCCCGCCGCUGCUGUGACUGCGCGCCCAUCGCUGGGGCUGAGAGGGGCCGGGGCCGGUUACCCCCGGGGCGCCCUGCCAGGGUUUGAACCGCUGCUCCCCGCGGGCUGGGCAGGGCGGGGCCGCUCCCGGCUCCGGUGGCAGGGCCGGGACGUGUCGGCUACGUGGCCCCGGGGCGGGGCGGGCGGCACCGACACGCGGACGGGGCUGGGUGAGUGGGUACCGGGGGGCACCGGCGGUGCCGGGUUUGGCGUGUACCGGCGGGACGCACCGGGUGGGCAGCGCCAGCCGGUGUCCCGCGCUCUGCGCUCCCCGCACAGCCCCUCGCACCCUCCCACCCGUGCGAGCUCCGGGGCAGCUCCCGGAGCCCCCGCCCCUCUCCCGGUGCCGGGUUCCCGCGGGCCGCCCCGGCGCUCCCCGGCAGGGCCAGCCCCGACCGCGGCGCUCUCCUCCCGCCGCAGCCCGGGGUCCGCGAUGAGGAACCCGCGGGUGAUGCUGAUGGUGCUGCUGCUGCUGGGGCCAGCGGCCCGGGCCGCCCCCAGGGCGGGGACAAACAGGCCUGAGCCCCCCGUGGCCACAAUCGCGGAUCCGUAUCCCGACCCGCUGAGCCCGGAGUCGCCUGCGCGGCUGCUGCUGUGGAGCGCAGUGAGGAGCCUGGGGCCACCCGAGCAGGACGUGGAGGCCAUGACACGGGAGCAGGCCCUGCUCUACCUCUUCGUGCUCCAUGACCAUGACCAGAGCAGGCGCCUGGACGGGCUGGAGCUGCUGCAGUUGCUUGGCACGGUGCUGGCACAGGCUGGGGGGCAGCCAGACCCUGACAUGGUGGCUGCGCUGGUGGACCAAGCCCUGGCAAGGCAGGACCUGAACAGGGAUGGGCUGCUGGACCCCUCUGAGCUGCUGGACCCGCCCGAGAUGCUCUUGCCUGGCCAGGACCAGGGACCCCCAGGACAACCCCCCCUAGAGCAACAGGCAGGGGUUGGGGCUGUGCCUGGGGAGGGCACAGAGAUGCCCAGGCAGGACUUGGGGUUGAGAAGCCCAGGACAGGCAGCCACUGAGGCAGGAGACCCCCAGACUGCAGCCCCUGAGGAUGGAGCCCCCAAGGUGGAAUCCCUCGAGGUGGAAUCUCCCAAUGCUGAGGCCUUGGAGGCAGAAGUCGUCCCUGGGGCCAAAGCCCCCAGUACCGAUGCCACAGAGGAAGAGGAAGCCCCUGAGGCUGAAGCCUCUGAGGAGGAGGCAGCCCCAGCCUGGAGGGACCAUGGGGAGGGGUAGGCAGUGGGGGCUGUGGGACACAGUGCCCUGGCUGCUCCCUGCCCUGCUCAGGGCACACAGUGGGAGUGGAUGCCCCGAGCCCAGGGAGGGCUGGGGUCGUGUGGCCUCCUCUAGUAACGCAUCAGGUGGAGAAAUAGAGGCACUGCUGGUGA